CAAACAAGAGUUCACAAAUAAAAAUGAAAUGAAUUUUGAAAUUUGAAAAGUAAAAUGAUAAUUUUAAAAUGAUAGAUAGCAAAGUAAAAUCAAAAUAACGUAAACAGGGAGAAACUAAAAAUAAGGCAAUAAUAAUCUACUUGCUGUCGCUAUCCAUGCACUCCCCGUCUCUCUGGAUAAGUCUAUAAGCUGCACAAGAUCCUUCUCCUCUUCUCACUCCAUCGCAUUUCUCUCCCCCACCUAAUAAAAACCGCUCGCUUUUUCUGUUUGUUUUCGGGAAAAUUCUACACACUCUGUUUUUCUUAACCGCCCAGCUGAAUUCCUCCCCCAAUUCCAGUCGGAAAUGGCGCAGUUUCAGAACGACGAGCUGGAGUACGUCGACGACUAUUACGAUGUCGUCGACUUUGAUGACACCGACGCUUUUGCCGAUAACCAGCUCCCGGGAGGCCACGAUGCCGACUCGGACUUUGACGACGACGACUUCGAUGAGAGCAAGGCGAAGACUGACACUUCAGCAAUGGAAGCUCGAAAUGGGAAGGACAUCCAAGGGAUUCCGUGGUAGAGGCUUAAUUUCACCAGCGAUAGGUACCGUGAGACCCGAUUGAAGCAGUACAAGAACUACGAGAACCUCUCCCGGCCGCGCCAGGACCUUGAAAAGGAGUGCUUGCCAGUAGAGACGGGGAAGACCUUCUAUGACUUUCACUAUAAUACAAGGAUUGUGAAGUCCACAAUUGUGCAUUUCCAGCUGAGGAAUCUGUUAUGGCCUACAUCAAAGCACGAUGUAUACGUUAUGCAAAACUUUUCAGUAAUGCAUUGGUCUUCUCUACUCAGGAGAGGCAAAGAAGUACUGAACGUAGCGAAACCAGUUGUGCCUACUGAGAAAAGACCUGGGUUGGUGGUUCGUCCACUCUCUAGAGUGCAAAUGAGCACUAUGGCUGUGAAGGAAAAUUUAUUGGUAGCUGGGGGAUUCCAAGGUGAACUAAUCUGCAAGCACAUUAAUCAACCUGGAGUUGCUUUCUGCUCAAAAUUAACAACAGAUGACAAUGCCAUCACAAAUGCAGUGGACAUUUUCCAAAACCCCGCCGGUUCAAUGAGGGUAAUGACAGCAAACAAUGAUGCUCAAGUUAGAGUUUUUGAUGUCCAGAAUUUCACUUGCCUCAACUGCUUCUCGUUCGAUUGGUCCGUGAAUAACACCUCUGUUAGUCCGGAUGGUAAACUGGUUGCAGUACUCGGUGAUAGCACGGACUGCUUGAUUGCUGAUGCUCAGUCUGGAAAAGCUGUCGGAAGCCUCAAAGGCCAUUUGGACUAUUGCUUUUCCUCGGCGUGGCAUCCGAACAGACAAAUUUUGGCCACCGGGAAUCAAGACACCACUUGCAGGUUAUGGGACAUAAGGAACCUCUCAGAGUCCGUAGCCGUGUUAAAGGGAAGAAUGGGAGCAAUACGAGCCAUAAAGUUCACUUCAGACGGUCGGUUCAUGGCCAUGGCUGAGCCGGCAGACUUUGUUCACAUCCUGGAUACCCAUUGUGGGUAUGUCAAGGAACAAGAGAUUGACCUGUUCGGUGAAAUCGCCGGAAUAUCCUUUAGCCCGGACACAGAAGCUCUGUUUGUUGGGAUCGCUGAUCGGACAUAUGGUAGCGUGUUGGAGUUGGACAAGAGGCAUCGUAACCAGUAUCUGGAAGCAGUCUUCUAGUAAGAGUGCCUCCAUGAAGUUGUUUCUUGAGCAAGCAGAAACGGAAGAAAAGUAACUUCCGGGUUUUGUAAAGCACAUUUCAAUCUCAAAAUGUGGAUUUAUAAACGGUUCCUAGUUUAUUCAAUCUUUCGUUCUUGUAAAUCCUGGGCCAUUGAUCUCUAAGUGUUGCAUAAUAUUUUUGUUUUUGGCUGCACGGGACCAAACACGAUCGCUCUAGGCCGAGCCUUUCAACUUUAUGUUCGACGUA